AUGACUCAUAAGAGAUGCUUUGAGGCUUUAGAUCGAACCUUACGUGAUUUGCUUUCUAAACAAGCACCUUCUAAUAGCAUAGUUCCAUUUGGUGGUAAGGUCAUUGUUCUUGGAGGUGAUUUUCGACAAAUAUUACCAGUUGUAAGAAAAGGUUCGCGUGCCUCUAUAGUUGAUGCAUCCAUUACGAAUUCUCCUCUUUGGUGCCAUGUUAUUCUUCUUAGACUGACAAUGAAUAUGAGGCUUCUUCAUGGUGACUUUGCUGAGCAAGGUCAUUUAGAUCUUCAGGACUUUGCUGAUUGGGUCCUAGACCUUGGUGAUGGUAGGUUGCCUGUAACAAAAAAAAUUGAUGAAUCAGAACCAACAUGGGUAGACAUCCCUAAUGAUCUACUGAUCAAAACAUCCGGUGACAAAAUAAAGGCCACAAUAGAUGAGGUAUUUCCACACUUCACAAAUCACUAUAGAGAUCAUUGCUACCUUGCAUGUCGAGCUGUUGUUUGUCCAAAUAACUCGACAGUCGAUUAG